UGGCAGAGCGUGACGUCGGCGCUGCCAGCGUGGAACGCACGUCUCGCGCUCAUCCCGGAAGUAAGGUGUCCGGUUUCGGUCUGCAGAGUACAGAAAGAAGUCAGAGCAGUAAAUACGAAUCCAAUUCAACAGUUCAGCACGCUUUCACAAAGCUUUCUGGAAGGGACGCCGACACGGUUCAUUACAACAGAUUCAGCAGACCCGGCCAGGCUGCCCGCUGUGGGCGCUGCACUCAAGAUGAUGGUGGACCGUACGUUGGCUCAAGUGGGCAGGAAUCUGAGUGACGCCAUGAGAAUCCUGGGAGACGGACAGAGAGAGCCGGAGGCAGGAGCAGAGAGAUGGCGCCUGAGCAGAGCCAGCAUCCCCGGACCCCUGCAGGGAGAUGGUCAGGAUGUUGCCACCAUACUGCAUCUAGUUCAUAACCUCAUUCAUGAUGAGGAGGAAGAAGAGGACAAGCCAAGCCAACACAGAAUGCAGAAUGUGGGGGAACAGGGUCACAUGGCCCUGCUGGGUCACAGCCUGGCAGCAUACAUCUCCGUGUUGGACCGAGAGAGGCUGCGGAAGCUGACCACUCGGAUCCUGUCUGACACCACACUGUGGCUCUGCAGACUGUUCAGGUAUGAGAACGGUUCAGCCUACUUCCAUGAGGAUGACAGGGACGGCCUGGUCAAAGUGUGUCGGCUGGUCAUUAAUGCCCGUUAUGAAGAAUAUGCCUCUGAGGGCUAUGCAGUCCUCAGCUCCAAACAGCCAGUCAUCUACCAGAGUGCCUCGGGCCGGCCGGGCCUGGGACAGCAUCUGUGCAGCCAGCUCGGCCUGCCUCUCUCCAGUCUGUGCACAGUCCCGUGCAACACCAUCUUUGGAUCCCAACACCAAAUGGACGUGGCCCUGUUGGACACACUGAUCAAAGAGGACAUAGAAGCUGGGAAGCUUCCUCUGCUGUUGAUUGUCAACGCAGGAACCCCUGGGGCAGGACAUACGGACAAGUUGGCUCGUCUGAAGGACGUGUGUGAUCAGUACAACAUGUGGCUCCAUGUGGAGGGGGUCAACCUGGCAACUCUGGCACUGGCUCAGGUCACCUCUGCUAUCAUGGCAGCCACCAGAAGUGACAGCAUGACACUGACACCAGGUCAGUGGCUGGGACUGCCUGCUGUCACUGCUGUCACCCUCUACAGACAUGAAGACCCAGCACUGUCUCUGGCAGCAGGUUUGACGUGCAGCCAGCCGGUGGCCAGGCUGCGUGCGCUGCCUCUCUGGCUCUCCCUGCAGUACCUCGGCCACAAUGGAAUCGUCCAAAAGAUCAGACAUGCCACCGCACUGAGCCAGCAGCUCCUGCAGAAGCUAAAAGCUAUGACCUCCAUCAAAACAUCGGUGGAGGAUGAACUCAGCUCACCUGUGGUGCUAUUUAAGUUUUCCCAGGAAACGAGUGCUGCGUCCAGUGGGGGUUCAGUGGAAGGUUACUGUGCUGGGGAUAAAGAGGUGCUGGAUGCCUUCAACAGAUGGCUGGGUGAACAGCUGGUGCAGCUGGUUCCCAGCAGUGGGGUAGAUGUGGUGGAGCUCGAAGAUGAGGGUACAUGUGUCCGCUUCAGUCCCCUCCUGACUGCUGCAGUUCUGGGGACCCAGCAGGAGAACAUUGAGGAGUUGGCGGAGAAACUGGCACAGCUGUUGCCCGUGAUGUGCUCCACAAUGUGCCUCAGACAGGACUUCAGAGAGGAAACCCACCGACACUCUCCCUCACUCACAUACAUCCAGGACCUCAGCUGGCCUGGCCUUGGCGCUGUGCGGUACGAGCCUCAGACUGAAGGAAUGGAUGAGAGCAGGAAGAAGCAGGAGCUGGAGAAAAUCAACACUGAGCUGCUGAAGAAACUCCAAGAUCUUGACACUGACAUCGUUUUCUCCACUGGCCCUGAGUUUGGGACAGAGGAGCACUGUGUCUUUGUUGGCAUGGUCACGGAGGACGUCGAUGUUUCAGAGUUGGUGGAAACAGUAGCUGCCCUCGGGAGGGACAUAGAGGAGAGCGGGAGGCUGUUGGAGAACAUGACGGAGGUGGUGAGGAAAGGCAUCCUGGAGGCAGAGCAGCAGCUGCAACUGGCCAAUGAGGAGAAACUCAUGGAAGAGGGGAUGCUGAGGCAGCUUCCUCUGGUUGGCUCUGUGUUGAACUGGUUCUCUCCAUUUCAAAGUUCCAUUAAGGGCCGGACCUUCAACCUGGCUGCAGGUUCCCUGGACUCCACAGAGGUGACGUACUCCACUAAGGCCCAGACAGGCAGGCCGUCCCAGCAAGAGACUCCCACCUCCUCAUCAAAGAAACUACCAGGUCAGAGAUUAUUCCGGCGCUCAGGGGCAGGCUCUGAGUCCUUCAGUGAGACCAGCUCCAUCGGACAAGCUGAGGAGCCAACCGCGGGGGGGAGGAGCACUCCGAGCGGCAGCGUCCACCCACCAGCCUGUCCGCCUGCAGCCGAGGAGGACGCACAGCCUACGGAUGAUGUCGCAGCAGAGGAAAGCCCGGAGUUUAGUUUGCAGGUGCACACACCGGUGGAGGAGGAAGUGACCUCAGAGGAGAGGCAGCCUGAAGGCCAGGAGGCGGAGCCAAGCGGGACAUAGGAGAACUCUCUCUGCUGGCAUCCAUCCAGCCGUCCUCCAAAUGGUACCAGUCUAACAGAGGCUAAACAAAUAGGUGUGAUUACACUGUUAAUCUAACUCUUCCAAGGAAGUAGAUCAGGCUGUUUUUCUCUCUCCUAUCAAAGUUAAUGGGAAAAUCCACCCCGGGAUACUGCAUUCAUUCAUACCUUUUAAAGUGAUAAAGUGUCCUACUAUAUUUUUCUCUAUUUUGCUGCAGCAUUCUGAGAAAUGUGUUUUCCCACAAUUGUCAGAAUGCUAUUUAACCACUCCCGAAAAUGCACAUGAGAGGGUUGCUUUUUAGGGCUGCAACUAAUGAUUAUAUUCCUGGAUGAAUUAGUUGGAUUAGUUGUUUGGUCUCUAAAAUGUGGAACAGUGUUUCCCAAAGCCCAAGAUGUUUCAAUUUUAUUAUACCGUCUAAUCGCUUAUCAAGUGUAGUGAUGGAGUGAAAUGAGCAGACUACUGACUGGAGAAAUGUCCAACUCUUUGUAGCUGCAUUGGAAAUAUCUUCACACAUCAUCUCAUCUCUGACUGGCCCUGUAGUCACAGGAAUGACGAGAAAGAGAGAGAGAGAGAGAAUUGGAGGACCAGAGUCCCUAUUUUCACUUUAUCACUGGAGUGCCACUGCAUUCAAAUAUUUAGAUUCCUCACUGUAAAUGGUCUACACAGAUGUUAUAUAUCUAACCUAUAGAAUGACUAACUAUAAUUAUUUAAAAUAACAUGAAUCUGUAUAGAAGGAAUGGAGUAUCAUAAUCUAUUUAAUUUAUGGCCACUGAUAAUAGCGGUCACCUGCUGUCGAGCUUCAAACCCUCCCUUCACGUUUGCACUAAAAAGAAAUCACAGACAAAGAAUAAAGAGAGAGAGAGAUUUGACAAAAAAAAGUCACAAUGCAAUGAAUAUGAAGUUGUAAUUUCAUGAGGAAAAAGUCACAAUAUUACAAGAAUAAAUCAAUAGGUUAUGAGAUAAUGUUACAUUAUCAGUCGUAUUACCAAAAUGUACUUGUCAUACAAAAAGUGAAAUGCUCGGUAAUAAUUUACUAGAGUUUUAAUUGUAUGUGGUAGAAAGUUAUGAAACUACAAGGUAAAAGGGACAGUUCACCCCAAAAUCAAAAAUCCAUAUUUAUCUAUUUAUCAGUCUAGAUAGUUUUCGUGUGAGUUGCCCAGUGUUGGAGAUAUCAAACAUAAUUCUCUCCAAUAUAAUGGAACCAGAUGGCAGUUUCAUGAAGGAAUUAUUUUCUUUCUCCCGGACUACACACAAAACAUACUAGAACAAUCUAGAUUGAUAAAUAGCACCAAGAGGGAAAAGAUGUACUUUUGAUUUUUAGGGUGAAAUUUCACUUUAAUAUGUGAAACAUUACAAGAUAAAGUUGUUAUUUUACAAGACAAAGUCAUGAUUUUACAAGAAUAAAGUCGUAUUUUUGAGAACUAUGUUAUUCAAUUUUUGAACAGCUAAAUAUUUAGUUAUUGGAUUGAUUGCCUGACUACAUACAGUAUAUACAGGUCCUAUCCUUCCUUUGAAAAGACUGAGUGCAGUAUUCAGCUUAUGUGGGAGUGUCCUCUGCUGGACUAUAGGAACUCCAAGUUGCCAUGGUUUCCUGUCGGACUGCAUACUUAGUCGCACAGAUAUCAUUUGCUUAAUGGUGCUUAUUGGCAGUAGCUCAGACUUGGCUUUGGGAACCGGAGGGUCGCAGGUUCAAGUCCCCCUACGUACCAAAAGUACGGAGUGUGGACUGGUAGCUGGAUAGGUGCCAGUUCACCUCCUGGGCACUCCCAAGGGGCCCUUGAGCAAG